GCGGAGCGCGCCAAAUUUCUCCGGAGACGCUGAGGCGGCGAGAUGGUGCUGAGGAACAGCGGGCGGCGUUUCGCGGAGCCGCGCGCGGACGGCGAGGCCAGCAGGGACGAUGGCGCCCCCUCCUCUAUCUCGGCACUCAAGCGCCUGGAGCGCAGUCAGUGGACCGAUAGGAUGGAUAUGCGGUUCGGGUUUGAGAGGCUCAAGGAGCCGGGCGAGAGGACAGGCUGGCUCAUCAACAUGCAUCCCACUGAGGUUUUAGAUGAAGAGAAACGCUUAGUCAGUGCAGUGGAUUACUACUUUAUUCAAGAUGAUGGCAGCAGAUUUAAGGUGGCCUUGCCUUACAAGCCCUAUUUCUACAUUGCAACCAGAAAGGGGUGUGAGCGAGAAGUUUCAUCUUUUCUCUCUAAGAAGUUUCAGGGUAAAAUUGCUAAAGUAGAGACUGUUCCCAAAGAGGAUCUGGACUUGCCAAAUCACUUGGUGGGUCUGAAGCGGAAUUACGUUAAGCUGUCGUUCAACACCGUGGAGGACCUUGUCAGAGUGAGGAAGGAGAUCUCCCCUGCUGUGAAGAAGAACCGGGAGCAGAGCCACAGCCGUGACACCUACACGGCCAUGCUCUCCAGUGUCCUGCAAGGGGGCAGCGUGAUCAUUGAUGAAGAGGAAGCCUCUAAGAAGACUGCUGACCAGCUGGACAACAUUGUGGACAUGCGGGAGUACGAUGUACCCUACCACAUCCGUCUCUCCAUCGACCUGAAAAUCCAUGUGGCUCACUGGUACAAUGUCAGGUACCGAGGAAACGCCUUUCCAGUUGAGAUCAUCCGCCGGGAUGACCUGGUCGAGCGACCCGACCCUGUGGUUUUGGCAUUUGACAUUGAGACAACCAAGCUGCCCCUCAAGUUUCCUGAUGCUGAGAUCGACCAGAUUAUGAUGAUUUCCUAUAUGAUCGAUGGUCAGGGCUACCUCAUCACCAACAGGGAGAUCGUUGCUGAGGAUAUUGACGAUUUCGAGUUCACGCCCAAGCCAGAAUAUGAAGGGCCCUUCUGUAUCUUCAAUGAACCCGAUGAGGUUCAUCUAAUCCAAAGGUGGUUUGAACAUGUCCAGGAGACCAAGCCCACCAUCAUGGUUACCUACAACGGGGACUUUUUUGACUGGCCUUUCGUGGAGACCAGAGCGGCAGCCCACGGACUGAACAUGUAUGAGGAGAUCGGGUUCCAGAAGGACAGCCAGGGGGAGUACAAGGCGCCCCAGUGCAUCCACAUGGACUGUCUCAGGUGGGUGAAGAGGGACAGUUACCUUCCUGUGGGCAGCCACAACCUCAAGGCGGCCGCCAAAGCCAAGCUGGGCUACGACCCCGUGGAGCUGGACCCCGAAGACAUGUGCCGGAUGGCCACGGAGCAGCCCCAGACGCUGGCCACGUACUCGGUGUCGGACGCAGUGGCCACAUACUACCUGUAUAUGAAGUAUGUCCACCCCUUCAUAUUCGCCCUGUGCACCAUUAUCCCCAUGGAGCCUGAUGAGGUGCUGCGGAAGGGCUCCGGGACGCUGUGCGAGGCCUUGCUGAUGGUGCAGGCUUUCCAUGCCAACAUCAUCUUCCCCAACAAGCAGGAGCAGGAGUUCAACAAGAUGACCGAUGAUGGCCACGUACUGGACUCUGAGACCUAUGUGGGCGGCCACGUGGAGGCCCUGGAGUCCGGCGUGUUCCGCAGUGACAUCCCCUGCCGGUUCAGGAUGAACCCCUCCGCCUUUGACUUCCUGCUGCAGCGGGUGGAGAAGACAAUGCGUCACGCCAUCGAAGAAGAGGAGAAGGUGCCCAUGGAGCAGGUCACCAACUUCGAAGAGGUGUGUGAUCAGAUUAAGACAAAGCUCACCUCCCUGAAAGAUGUUCCUAACCGAAUCGAGUGUCCCCUUAUCUACCAUCUGGAUGUGGGGGCCAUGUACCCAAACAUCAUCCUGACAAACCGCCUGCAGCCCUCUGCCAUGGUGGACGAGGCCACCUGUGCAGCCUGCGACUUCAACAAGCCUGGAGCAAACUGCCAGCGGAAGAUGGUCUGGCAGUGGAGGGGCGAGUUCAUGCCGGCCAGCCGCAGCGAGUACCAUCGGAUCCGGCACCAGCUGGAGUCGGAGAAGUUCCCUCCCUUGAUCCCAGAGGGCCCAGCGCGGGCCUUUCAUGAGCUGUCCCGUGAGGAGCAGGCUAAGUACGAGAAGAGGAGGCUGGCAGAUUACUGCCGGAAGGCCUACAAGAAAACCCACGUGACCAAAGUAGGGGAGCGCCUCACCACCAUCUGCCAGCGGGAGAACUCCUUCUACGUGGACACGGUGCGCGCCUUCCGCGACAGGCGCUAUGAGUUCAAAGGUCUCCACAAGGUGUGGAAGAAGAAGCUGUGUGCAGCUGUGGAGGCUGGCGACGCGGCAGAAGUGAGGCGCUGCAGGAACAUGGAGGUGCUGUAUGAUUCGCUGCAGCUCGCACACAAGUGCAUUCUCAACUCCUUCUAUGGCUACGUAAUGCGCAAAGGGGCCCGCUGGUACUCCAUGGAAAUGGCUGGCAUCGUCUGCUUCACGGGGGCCAGCAUCAUCACACAGGCACGGGAGCUGAUUGAACAGAUUGGGAGGCCCUUAGAGCUGGACACAGAUGGAAUAUGGUGCGUGCUACCUAACAGCUUCCCUGAAAACUUUGUAAUCAAGACAAGUAGUGUGAAAAAGCCCAAGGUGACCAUCUCCUACCCUGGGGCCAUGUUAAACAUCAUGGUGAAGGAUCUGCACUUGCGGUCCCUGGGUGCAGCUGUGGCCUCCAGCUUCCCUGCUGCCACACUCCGGGAAUCCACCACAGGCAGCCUCGAGCUGCCGGGCCAGAGCAGGGUGUGCGAUCUGGCCACGUGUUACAGCAGCACAGUAACUAGCUCCUUCACGGCCGUGCUCGCCUGUGUUUCCAGAUAUGCCGUGUUCAAUGAGGAUGGUUCACUGGCUGAGCUAAAGGGCUUUGAGGUCAAGCGCCGGGGGGAGCUGCAACUGAUUAAGAUCUUCCAGUCCUCCGUGUUCGAGGCCUUCCUUAAAGGCAGCACCCUAGAGGAAGUGUACAACUCUGUUGCAAAGGUGGCCGACUACUGGCUGGACGUGCUGUACAGCAAGGCAGCUAACAUGCCUGAUUCUGAGCUGUUCGAGUUGAUCUCUGAGAACCGCUCCAUGUCUCGGAGGCUGGAAGAUUACGGGGAGCAAAAGUCGACGUCCAUCAGCACGGCCAAGCGCCUGGCCGAGUUCCUGGGUGACCAGAUGGUGAAGGACGCCGGGCUGAGCUGCCGGUAUAUCAUCUCCCGGAAGCCCGAGGGGUCUCCCGUCACAGAGAGACGGGCUUGGACCCGGUAUAGGGUCCUGGUGCUGGCUCGGCUGCUGGGGAGCAUUCUGGACUGGGACUACUACAUCGAGCGGCUGGGCAGCGCCAUCCAGAAGAUCAUCACGAUUCCCGCAGCUCUGCAGCAGGUGAGGAACCCAGUGCCACGCGUCAAACACCCCGACUGGCUGCACAGAAAGCUGCUGGAGAAGAAUGACAUCUACAAGCAGAAGAAGAUCAGCGAGCUCUUCUUCCUUAAGGGCAAGAGACAGGUGGGCCCGGCCCAGGCUCCCCAAAGCACCCCGAGCCUUGAAACGCCCGACAUGGAGGACUUCGGCCAAGCCAAGCCGCCCCACUCAGCCAUUCCCAUGGCGACUAAAAGGAAACGUGUCCUCUGGGAGAGCCAGGAGGAGUCGCAGGACCUGGGGCUGACAGUGCCCUGGCAGGAGGUCUUGGGGCGGCCUCCGGCCCUCGGAACCACCCAGGAAGAGUGGCUGGUCUGGCUGCGGUUCCACAAGAAGAAGUGGCAGCUGCAGGCCCGACAGCGCCUCGCUCGCAGGAAGAGGCGGUGUCUGGAAGGGGCAGAGGGCGCACCACAGCCCAUUCGAGACGGGCCCUCCACAGGACUAGGGGGCUUCCUGCGAAGAACCGCCCGCAGCAUUCUGGACCUUCCGUGGCAGAUUGUGCAGAUCAGCGAGACCAGCCAAGCCGGCGUGUUCAGGCUGUGGGCUGUCAUCGGCAGCGACUUGCACUGCAUCAAGCUGAACGUCCCCCGAGUGUUCUACGUGAACCAGCGGGUGCCCAAAGCAGAGGAGGGGCCUUCAUAUCGCAAGGUGAACCGAGUCCUUCCUCGCUCCAACACAGUCUAUAACCUGUACGAGUACUCGGUGCCAGAGGACAUGUACCAAGGACACAUCAAUGAGAUCAGCACUGAGCUGUCGGCCCCCGACAUCGAGGGCGUAUACGAGACUCAGGUCCCACUGCUGUUCCGGGCCCUGGUGCAGCUGGGCUGCGUGUGUGUGGUCAGCAAGCAGCUGCACAGGCACCUGUCGGGCUGGGAGACGGACACCUUCGCUCUCGAGCACCUGGAGAUGCGCUCGCUGGCCCAGUUCAGCUACCUGGAGCCAGGGAGCAUCCGCCACAUCUACCUGUAUCAUCGUACACAAGGCCACAAGGCGCUGUUCGGUGUCUUCGUGCCCUCGCAGCGCAGGGCGUCUGUGUUUGUGUUGGACACCGUGCGAAGCAACCAGAUGCCCAGCCUGAGUGCCCUGUACGCAGCCGAGCAUGGCCUCCUGCUGGACAGAGUGGGCCCUGAGCUUCUGCCUCCCCCCAAACACACCUUUGAGGUUCGGGCUGAAACCGAUUUGAAGACCAUCUGCAGGGCCAUUCAGCGCCUCCUGCUGGCCUACAAGGAGGAGCGCCGAGGGCCCACCCUCAUCGCGGUGCAAUCCAGUUGGGAGCUGAGGAGGCUGGCCAGCGAGGUCCCCGUCCUGGAGGAGUUCCCGCUGGUGCCCGUCCACAUCGCCGACCACAUCAGCUACGGUAUCCUGGACUGGCAGCGACACGGAGCCCGGCACAUGCUCCGCCAUUAUCUCAACCUGGACACCUGCCUGUCACAGGCCUUCGAGAUGAGCCGGUACUUCCACAUUCCCGUUGGGAAUCUGCCUGAGGACAUCUCCACCUUUGGCUCCGACCUCUUCUUUGCCCGCCACCUGCAGCGCCACAACCACCUGCUCUGGCUGUCCCCUACGCCCCGCCCUGACCUGGGGGGGAAGGAGGCAGAUGACAACCGCCUCGUCAUGGAGUUUGAUGACCAGGCCACCGUGGAGAUCAACAGUCCAGGCUGUUACUCCACAGUGUGCGUGGAGCUGGACAUUCAGAACCUGGCUGUCAACACCAUCCUGCAGUCUCACCACGUCAAUGAUAUGGAGGGGGCCGACAGCAUGGGCAUCAGCUUCGACGUGACCCAGCAGGCCUCCCUGGAGGACAUGAUCACCGGCAACCAGGCGGCCAGCGCCCUGGCCAGCUACGACGAGACGGCUCUCUGCUCCAGCACCUUCAGGAUCCUGAAGAGCAUGGUGGUGGGCUGGGUGAAGGAGAUCACGCAGUAUGGCAACGCCUACGCCGACAACCAGGUGGUGCACUUCUACCGCUGGCUGCGCUCCCCGUCCUCGCUGCUGCACGAGCCCGCCCUGCACCGCACUCUGCACGGCUGGAUGAAGAAGCUCUUCCUGCAGCUCAUCGCCGAGUUCAAGCGUCUGGGGUCAUCGGUCAUCUACGCCAACUUCAACCGCAUCAUCCUUUGCACAAGGAAGCGGCGGGUGGAGGACGCCAUUGCCUAUGUGGAGUACAUCACCAGCAGCAUCCAUUCUAAAGAGAUCUUCCAUUCCUUGACAAUUUCUUUCUCCCGAUGCUGGGAGUUUCUCCUCUGGAUGGAUCCCUCUAACUAUGGUGGAAUCAAAGGGAACGUUCCAUCUGGCAUCCACUGUGGACAGCAGGACUCCCAAAAAGAGGGCACUACGCAAAGGGACGAGGAUGAGGAUGGGGACGAGGACGGGGACAAGGAUGAGGUUGACAAGGAGGAGGACGAAGUGCAGGAGCCCGAUGUGGAGGACUUGCUGGAGAACAGCUGGAACCUCGUGCAGUUCCUGCCACAGGCAGCCUCCUGCCAGAGCUACUUCCUCAUGAUCGUGUCAGCGUACAUCGUGGCCGUGCACCACAGCGUGCAGGAGGAGCUGAGACGCAGCGCCCCAGGGAGCACCCCCGUGAAGAGGCGGGGGGCCAGCCAGCCAUCGCAGGAGGCCCAGGGCGCAGCCGGAGCUCUUCCUGGAGUGAUCACCUUCUCUCAAGACUACGUGGCAAACGAGCUCACUCAGAACUUCUUCACCAUCACUCAGAAGAUUCAGAAGAAAGUCACGGGGUCUCGGAACGUGGCUGAGCUCUCAGAGAUGUUUCCUGUCCUCCCCGGCUCUCACUUGCUGCUCAAUAACCCCGCACUAGAGUUCAUCAAGUGCGUGUGCAAGGUCCUGUCCCUGGACACAAACAUCACAAACCAGGUGAACAAGCUGAACCGGGACCUGCUCCGCCUGGUGGACAUUGGCGAGUUCUCGGCAGAGGCCCAGUUCCAAGACCCCUGCCGCUCCUACGUGCUCCCCGAGGUCAUCUGCCACAGCUGUCACUUCUGCCGGGACCUGGACUUGUGCAAAGACCCCUUUGUCUCCCAGGAUGGGGCCAUGCUGCCCCGGUGGCUGUGCUCCAACUGUCAGGUCGCCUACGACUCAUCCGUCAUCGAGAUGGCGCUGGUGGAGGCCCUGCAGAAGAAGCUGAUGGCCUUCACACUGCAGGACCUGGUCUGCCUGAAGUGCCAGGGUGUGAAGGAGACCCACAUGCCCACGUAUUGCAGCUGUGCCGGGGGCUUCUCCCUCACCAUCCACACCAAGGUCUUCAUGGAGCAGAUCAGAAUCUUCCAGAACAUUGCCCAGCACUAUGGCAUGUCAUACCUCAUGGAGACCCUGGAGUGGCUGCUGGAGAAGAACCCCCAGCUGGGUCAUCAGUAAGCUAGGCGCUGUCCCCACCCUCUGCCCCAGCUUCCCAGACUCACAGCCACGUCCAGGCUGGGGCGCCAAGGAGAACGACCCUCAGGGAGUUUUCAGGGAACAGGUCACACGGCCUACCCCAGCCCAAGCAGGAAGUGGCCCCACCUGCAGGUGCCCGGGCCCAGCACUGGUCAGGGCAGCUGUGGCCCCAAGAGUGGCCCGAGGGGGCCAUUUCUUGCUGAAUAAACCAAGUGUGGCCUUUACUGCUGCACAGCCCUGCCCACCUCCCCUCUGCACCUAGCUGCCCUGGGUUUUCUGUUUGAGCUGAGACCCUGAGGGUGGCUGGAGGCCAGACCCAGGACAAGGUGGUGCCCAAGUGGGAGUCUGUAGCCCCUGACGUCCAGUCACUUGUUACCGGAAGCACCAUCCCCAAAUUCAGCCGGCGGGCGGGCAGUUUCAGGGCAUGCAAACCUGAACCCACAGGGACCUGGGCCUCUGGAGACUCCCCAGGGGAGCAGGAGCUGUGGGGGUGUCCUCAUCUGGACAGGUGGGAGGGCAUAUGAGGGGCUCAGGACAGGGUUGCUCAGGUGGAUGUGGCCCUGAGAGCCAUUUGUCAAGGACUUAACCGGCACAUGUUAGCGCCUGGAUUUUAGGAAAGUAUUUCUUCACCAAGAUUUGGGUUCUUCAGUGGAGGAGGGGAGGAAAAGGAGGGAGGGGCCAUGUUCUUGCUUCUCGGCCUUGGAUGGAUCCAAGAUGUCUGACUGACCCUGCAGAGCCUGCACUUCUGAUGGCCAAUGGCCCAACAGGGCACCCAAGCUCAGGGCUCCGUGCUCGGCGCAGAGGGGUCAUGGGGUAUAUGGGGUAUGGCCCCUUUGAAGUGGGACAGCAUCACUUAUCAGCCCUUUCCGCAGAGCUGGGGGGUCGGCUUCCCGACGCCCUGGAGGCCUUUGUUGAGUAUCAGCACCUCUCUCCAUUCUGCCUUGAGCCCCAAAACAUAAGACCAUCUCUGCGCCUCAUUAUUAAUGAAAUGCGAGUGGAAGCAGCCAAAGAAAAACCAAGUUGGUGAGACGGCAAAUAAACUCAGACCCCAAACUGUGGCUUGCGGUAAGCCUGGGGGGCCAUGGGAGCCCCACUGGUGACCCGGAGCCUGGUUUAAGUUCGUCCUUGUGAGCUCAUUUCUCUGUCACUCAGUUACACUUUGAAUUUUCAUCUGAAUGUUAUGUUUCUU